AUCAAGUUCUGCCGUUUCCUUGUUCGUUUCGUAUCGGAUAAACUGCCGAACCUCCGAUUCCACAGCCCAUUCUCAAACGUCGAAUUUUCGCUCCAUGGUCAUGGAGUCUCUGCCUUUCUCCUCUGCUUCUAUGGCUUAUCCUGCUGCUGCUUUAAAGAUUCACGCUGUGGCGCUUCCAAAUGGCUUCUGGGAAACGCGAAACCGUUGCUGUGUUUUUCCGAACCUAUACUCUUCCUUUCGCACUCUGAAGCUACCAACUGGAUUUACAAGAAAAUCCGCCAUUGUCGCCGCAAAGAAGACCCAUGCUAACACUAACAAGGAAGAUACUCACCGCUCCGUACCCAGACCUGAUGAGUCUACGCGGUUUUUCCCUGAAGCUGUCCUGCUUAAGGAGAAAAGGGUUGCAGAAGAUGGUAAAUUCCUCCCCGAGUUUGCUGAUGCAGAAGAAGAAGAGCUUUAUGAAUAUUUGAACCUUCAGUUGGAAAGUGAAUCGAAAGUUGAAGAAAUGCGUCACUAUGAGGUGGUCUAUUUAAUUCAUGAGAAGAAUGCAGAAGAGGUCGAGACUGUAAAUGUGAAAGUUCAAGAGUUUUUAAGGGAGAAGAAAGGGAAGGUAUGGAGACUGAGUGAUUGGGGAAUGCGAAGACUUGCAUACAAGAUAAAGAAAGCUAAAUAUGCACAUUACAUAUUGAUGAAUUUUGAACUGGAAGCCAAAUGGAUUAAUGAAUUUAAGAGCAUGUUAGAUAUGGAUGAAAGAAUAAUUCGACAUCUUGUGAUUAAGAGAGACGCUGCUAUCACAGAAGAUUGCCCUCCACCUCCCGAGUUUCACACCCUUCGUGCAGGCGUAGAUGAUGACAGUGAAGAAGAUGAGAUGGAUGAUUAUGAGAGCGAGGAUGAAAUGGAUUGGGAUGAUGAGGAUGAGGAUGAGGAUGAGGAUGAGUUGGAUGAUUAUGGUGAUGACAUUGAGGAUGGGGUUAUUGUCGUCAACACUGUUGACGAUGAGGAUGACGAUGAUGAUGGGGGCGGGAGUAAGGCGUACAAAUCAGCUGCUACAGGCAACAGAGGCUCGAGAAAUAGGAGAAGUGAGAAGGUAAAUGGAUAAUGUUGAUUUUGGGGGUAAAAGUUGAGUUGAGUUUCAUGUAAUGAGGCUUUGUUGUAGCUGCAUUAGAUGUUGUUGUUGUCCAGUAAUGGCAUUUGGGCCGUGAAGGCAUUGAGUUGUGGUGAUGGACAUUUUGGUUCAGUUGAGAUGUGAAGUUACAGAAAGUAGCACUAUUUUUCCUGAACUCUAUGGCCUUCCAUUUAAAGGUUUGGUGGUUUCAACUGUAAGGUCAUGUCAAUGAACACCAUGUGCUCAAGCUCAUCGUGAUGAUGCAUGACAUCUUCACCACUAGUGUUUCUCCAUGGGAGGGGAAUUAGGUGCCUAUUUUGGGGAUGGGUCUGACGAUCCAUCUUAUUAGGAAUCGAGAUGUCAAAAGAAGUGUAUAAUAGUUCUCUCAAGGAAAGGAGUAGAUAUGAAUUAUGCUCAUGUUGGCUAUAAUUUAAUAACAACUUUGAGGUUACAAAAUGAGACGUAUGGUUUUGUUA